AUGUCCAGCCCGCCCUUUACGGUCCGGGCGGUCUUCGAGUAUGCUUCGGGCCAUGAUGACGACCUCCCCUUUCCGAUCGGUCAGAUCGUGACCGUCACCGCUCUGGAGGACGACGAUUGGUACUACGGUGAAUACUCAGACGCCUCGGGGGCUAAACAGGAGGGCAUAUUCCCGAAAAACUUCGUCGAAAAGUAUGAUCCCCCGGCUCCUCCGCGCCCAUCCCGUCCCAGGCCGAAGAAGGAGCCCGAACCUGCGCCAGUGCAUUCACCUGUGAUCGAAAGCCACCCGCAGCCCGAGCCCGAGGUAGAGGCACAGCCCGCGGAGGAUGAUCAAGACAUUGCACCCCCACAGCCGCCUGUGCCCCAAUCUCCUCCCCUGCCUGCGACUACUUCUGUCGCAGAAGCUGCAUCGUCGCCCCCGCAGCCGGCAAAGGCGCCCGCUCCCGCUCCUCCGGUAGCCCCAGUUGAACCCGCUUCCAAGGCACCGUCCUCCAAACCCGCUCCCCCAGCUGUUGCGGAGAAGCCUUCGGGAUCCUCGUUCAGAGAUCGCAUUGCUGCCUUCAAUAAGCCUGCUGCAGCACCAAUUACGCCAUUCAAGCCUGGUGGUUCUCAGCCAUCUUUUAUCAAGAAGCCUUUCGAGCCUGCGCCUCAGGUGUAUAAGAGAGAGGAGGACCCAGAUGUCAAGGAACAGGUUGCCCGCGAGCCUCCGGUCUCCGAGACACGCCCUCCUCCCAUUGUUCCCAUGGAAGGUGGUGAAGAGGAUGCAGAGGACCAGCCUAAACCAACCAGUCUGAAAGACCGAAUUGCCUUACUUCAGAAGCAACAAUUAGAGCAAGCUCAGCGUCACGCGGAAGCAGCUCAAAAGAAAGAGAAGCCCGCUCGCCCUCCCAAGAAGUCCUCAGAGGAACCUGCAGCCCCCGCAGUUCCCGUGACACCCGCAGCCUUUGAGGAGGGACCAGAGUCUCCUUUGGUUGAAGGAGCUCCGGCCGCCCGGGAUCCCAGUGUUGAUACAGUGAGAGCCCAAGCUCCCACUGCACCACCACCCGUCCCCUUCUCACCCACCGAGGAAAUUGCCAGUGAUACCAACGACGCCGAUGCCUCCGCUGCUGCAGACUCCGAAGACGCAGGAGAGACAUCUACAAGCAAGGAUGACGACGAGGAGCAGCCUCGUCCAGUUUCCAAGCGUCAACCAUCGACCCGAGCUGUUGAACAAACUGCUGAGGAGGCCGAUGUGGAAGAAGAGGACGAGGUAGAGGAAGAGGAAGAAGAGGAAUUGGACCCUGAAACCAAGCGCAGAAUGGAACUGCGCGCGCGAAUGGCAAAGAUGAGUGGUGGUAUGGGUAUGAUGGGUCUCUUUGGACCACCUGGUGGGGGUAUGCCGAUGCCAGGCAUGGCUGCCCCUGGUGCUGGUGCUCGCAAGCCCAAGACCCCUGGCGAGUCUGAGAAGAGAAUUGCUGAGCCCGAACCUGAGCCUACCUCGCCCGCUGCUGCACCCCCAGUUCCUAUGGUCCCCCUUCCUGGAAUGAACUUGAAUACCAAGCCGGUCCCCUCUUCUACAGAUGUAGAGAAGGAGGAGGAAGAAACGCUGGCGACCCCCAUCACUGAACAACACUCUGCACGCGAGGUGCCAGACGUUGAAGAGGUCGUCCAUGAAGGCGCAGUUCCUCGUGGAUCUAUUGACCGGCCUCCCCCGGCACCUCCAUCUCAAGAACGUUCGGCUCCUCCUCCGCCUCCUCGGGAAUCACGGCCUGUUCCACCUGUGCCAGCUGAACAACCGGGUUCCCCUCCGCCAGUUCCUGGAGCCCGGCCUGUGCCUGUUCCACCCAGACCCACCACCGCUGACAAGGGCGAAGAGUCCGAUGAUGAAUUGUCGGUCCAUGCAAGCAACCUAUCAUUGAAUACUACGGGUCAGCCCACGGCUGCUCCACCGGCUGUGCCUGCUCCUGCGAUGCCUGAUCAGUUGGAUUCUCGUCGUUCUUCGACGUAUGACUCUGCUUCCUCUCCAGCCCUGACCCCUGCGGCUGAAAAGAGAGCCAGUCGUCCACCACCUCCUAUCCCAACCAAUCCACCCUUGCCACCAUCGCAGGGACGCGCCCCGCCUCCACCUCCUCCCGGCCAAAUUCGUCGCCGAUCUACUACUGACAGUCGCACCAGUGCGAUGUCUGGUCCCCGACAGGCUGGAGAAGAGGCAGAAGGGGAGGUGACCGAAUACGAUGGGGAUUACGACACUGAUAUUGCAUCGGGAGUCAAACACAAGGACGCCUUGAAGUCUCACGAGCGUGACUCCAGCUUUGACGAGGCCCCCAGGAAGCUCGGCAACCCCCCGCCUCUUCCGCCAACGGCUCCUAGAGGCGUUCCUCCUCCACCCCCAACCCAGCCGCCCCGUAAUGCUCGCGCGUCUAUCGACACACCCAGGGGACCUCCUCCUCCCCCACCGAACAGAGAGCCGGUUGGUGGUGAUGAUGAUGAAUAUGAUCCUUUCAACUACACCGCUCCUCAGCAUGGCCUCCCCAAAUCUCCCGGUAUUCCGCAGGGGCGCCCUGAGGCGCCACCUCCUCCUCCGCCGCCACAGCAAGCGAACGAUGACUAUGAUGAUCUGUAUGACGCCCCUCCAGAACUGCAGAGUCCAGCACAGGGAAGUGCCACUGCUUCGCACCAGAAGCGGCCCUCGUUGGUUCCUCCGCUUCCUCAAAGCCAGGCUCCAGGCAUGCCAUCUCCAUCUGCAGCCCGAAGCCAGCGCGCAUCGAUGGAUCUAUUGAGAAAUCAGCCUAACCUUCGUCGGUCCAUGGAUGUUUCUCGCCCGUCGGUUGAUCUUGGUUACAUUGCUGCCGAUGUUGAUCUCUCUGAGACUACUCUCUGGUGGGCCCAACCCAACACUCCACCUCCGGUUUUCCAAAACCGCAAGGAUCUACUUUUCGAGAUCGAGGAGUCUGCUUCUACGAAGCGCGGUGGAAAGACAUCGGUCUCAAAGGACGUUUAUAUUCUGUUCAUCGAUUACUCCCAGACGAUCGUGAAUGUCCAAUUCGACGCUAAGAACCCCGCGGAUGCUUCUCUUGAGCAGCGCCAUGAGUCCCCACCUCUCCAGCCCCGUCAGGAUCAGUUAGAGCAGGCCCAUAUCCAUCUUGGAACCAAGAUUUCCGAAGCCGUCAACUCGAUUCAGAACUCCACCGUUGGAGACGGCACUCCAUUUGGACUGGUGCAGUACCUGCUCAACCCUCUAUCUGACGCUCUUCUCCCCGUCGGCACUCGUGGAUACGGUGCCUUGGUCUAUUCAAACCUGGCCAAUGCUUCUGUAUCCCAGAACGACGAAAUCCGCGCUGGUGACAUUGUCAGCUUCCGCAACGCUCGCUUCCAAGGCCACCGUGGCACAAUGCACCAGAAGUACAGCGCUGAGGUUGGCAAGCCCGACCACGUAGGUAUCGUCGUUGACUGGGACGGCACGAAGAAGAAGAUCCGAGCCUGGGAACAAGGCCGCGAGAGCAAGAAGGUCAAGAUGGAAAGCUUCAAGCUGAACGAUCUCCGCAGUGGCGAGUGCAAGGUCUGGCGUGUGAUGCCCCGUAGCUGGGUAGGCUGGGAAGCCGGCAAAUAA